AUGAUUGAUCAUUCGCAUGCAGCUCUCAAGCCUGAAGUCAUUGCCCAAGAAAAUGAAGUAUAUCGACGACAGAAGUUUCUGUUUGUUCUCAUCGAUAUUCUAUUCACAUUCGAUCUCGUUAUUCUCAUUGCUUGUAUACAUUUAUAUACCGUUGAUUCGUGGAUGAAAGGAAAUGUUCAAAUCUACUUCCCGUUAUUCUGGAUUCUCAGCUCGACUAUUUAUGAUAUUUAUGGGCUAAUCGUGUCAUGUCUAUGCUAUCGAACGUGUUUGCUUGUGUACGCCUGGAUUGGAAUAUUCUUCUUUAUUUGUAAUGUUAUUGCACUUGGGAUUAUGCUAUUUUUACCAUUGAGUAGGGAUACACUCGUUUCGAAUGGUACGUUGUUUUAUACACCUCGCUACAUUAUUCUCAUUAUUUUCUGGCUCACUAUGUUGACUCUUCGAUUAACCACUGUUCGAUUAUCGUUCUAUUUAACAAAAUUGAUUUCUCAAAUAGAACACGACGUCCUCGAAUGUGCUCAUACAGAUGUCAUCGAUUAA